UGUACUUACCUAACAUCAAACACCACCACAUCGUGUCCUUAUAUAAACCACUCUCCUCAUUCUCUUCUUCCUCAGGAACACAAAACCAAACUCCUUCACCAACAUUUCAAAAGCUCUCCUCUCUUUCAUCCUUCACCAACAACUCAAAAGAUCUGUUCCUAUUUAUCAAACACUAACUCAAAAACCAAUGGAUCAGAUCAACGGAUCAGUUCACCAAAACGGCAAAACCGAAGCCAUGUUGUUGUGCGGCGGACUAGAGAAGACUAAAGUGACGGUGGCGGCGGAUCCGUUGAAUUGGGGUGCUGCGGCCGAGCAGAUGAAAGGGAGUCAUUUGGAUGAGGUGAAGAGGAUGGUUGAGGAUUACCGUAAACCGGUGGUGAAUCUCGGCGGAGAAACACUGACGAUCGGACAAGUCGCGGCGAUCUCGAACGUAGGCGGUGGCGUUAAGGUUGAGCUAGCGGAGGCUUCGAGAGCCGGCGUGAAAGCUAGCAGCGAUUGGGUCAUGGAGAGUAUGGGUAAAGGUACUGACAGUUACGGUGUAACCACCGGGUUUGGAGCUACCUCUCACCGGAGAACAAAAAACGGCACCGCUUUGCAAACCGAACUCAUCAGGUUUUUGAACGCCGGAAUAUUCGGGAACACGAAGGAGACAUGUCACACGCUACCGGAAUCCGCCACGAGAGCCGCCAUGCUCGUCCGAGUCAACACACUCCUCCAAGGAUACUCCGGGAUCCGAUUCGAAAUCCUCGAAGCGAUCACCAGCCUCCUCAACCACAACAUCUCUCCGUCUCUCCCCCUCCGUGGAACCAUAACCGCCUCCGGCGAUCUCGUCCCCCUCUCCUACAUCGCCGGUCUCCUCACCGGCCGUCCAAACUCCAAAGCCACCGGUCCCAACGGCGAAUCCCUAACCGCCGAGGAAGCCUUCAAGAAAGCGGGAAUCACUUCCGGAUUCUUCGAUCUACAGCCUAAGGAAGGCUUAGCGCUCGUCAACGGCACGGCGGUUGGAUCCGGCAUGGCGUCGAUGGUUCUCUUCGAAGCGAAUGUUCAAUCGGUCCUCGCCGAGGUUUUAUCCGCGAUCUUCGCGGAGGUGAUGAGCGGGAAGCCGGAGUUCACCGAUCAUUUGACUCACCGACUCAAACACCACCCCGGACAAAUCGAGGCGGCGGCGAUCAUGGAGCACAUCCUCGACGGAAGCUCGUACAUGAAGCUAGCGGCAAAGCUCCACGAGAUGGAUCCGUUACAAAAACCGAAACAAGACCGUUACGCGCUCCGCACGUCUCCUCAGUGGCUAGGCCCUCAGAUCGAAGUGAUCCGUCACGCCACGAAGUCAAUCGAGCGUGAGAUCAACUCCGUUAAUGAUAAUCCGUUAAUCGACGUUUCGAGGAACAAAGCGAUUCACGGUGGUAACUUCCAGGGGACUCCGAUAGGAGUCUCUAUGGACAACACACGUUUAGCGGUUGCAGCUAUUGGGAAGCUCAUGUUCGCUCAAUUCUCGGAGCUUGUUAACGACUUCUACAACAACGGUCUUCCUUCGAAUCUAACGGCUUCCAACAACCCAAGCUUGGAUUACGGAUUCAAAGGAGCGGAGAUCGCUAUGGCUUCUUACUGCUCUGAGCUUCAGUACCUUGCGAAUCCGGUUACUAGCCAUGUUCAAUCAGCUGAGCAACAUAACCAAGAUGUUAACUCUUUAGGACUCAUCUCGUCUCGUAAGACGUCAGAAGCUGUUGACAUUCUCAAGCUCAUGUCUACCACGUUCCUCGUAGCGAUUUGUCAAGCUGUUGAUUUGAGACAUCUUGAGGAGAAUCUGAGACAGACCGUGAAGAACACGGUUUCUCAAGUGGCGAAGAAAGUGUUGACUACUGGAGUCAACGGGGAGUUGCAUCCAUCGCGGUUCUGCGAGAAAGACUUGCUUAAGGUCGUUGAUCGUGAACAAGUGUUUACAUAUGUGGACGAUCCUUGUAGCGCUACUUACCCAUUGAUGCAGAAGCUAAGACAAGUUAUCGUUGAUCACGCGUUAUCCAAUGGUGAGACUGAGAAGAACGCAGUGACUUCGAUCUUUCAAAAGAUUGGAGCUUUUGAGGAGGAGCUUAAGAUGGUGCUUCCUAAGGAAGUGGAUGCGACUAGAGAGGCUUACGGUAAUGGAACGGCGGCGAUUCCGAACAGGAUUAAGGAGUGUCGGUCUUAUCCAUUAUAUAAGUUUGUGAGGGAAGAGCUCGGGACGAAGUUGCUGACCGGAGAAAAGGUUGUCUCUCCGGGAGAGGAGUUUGAUAAGGUGUUCACUGCAAUGUGUGAAGGUAAGAUUAUUGACCCAUUGAUGGAUUGUCUCAAGGAAUGGAACGGAGCUCCCAUUCCCAUCUGUUAAGAGAGCCUUCCUCUGUUAAUCUGUUAUGCUCUGUUGUGUUUUGUCCAGCUUCAGUUUUGUUGCUUUUGCUUGUUUGAAAUUUGAGUGUAAUGUGAAUGGUGUCACUUUGUAUAAUAUAUAUAUGAAAAUUACGUGUAAUUCUCAUUUGAUGCAUCAAACAAUAGUUUUUAUAUGA